AUGGCGUCUAAAGCUCUGAAACACUUUUUCGACCAGGUCAAGAAGGUCAAAGAUUGUACAGAACGAUUCUUCGGGAAUCCUACAUCAGGCGGUCGUAUUUUGCUCACCGACAAGAGGAAGGAUCCAGAGAAUGGGCUACGUAUUGAUGCGGGUGAGGCUUUUAAUGGCCCCAAUGGCGGAAAACUUCGCAAUGUAUAUCUUCAAGUCAACUCGAAGGCCAAAUCACAGGUCCUGCUCAACUGGGUCAAAAAGCAACGCAAUAAGACUCAUUCAAACCUUGCCAGGGAUGCACUAGAUUUGAAGGCCAGGGACCAGACGGCCGAACUUGCUAGGGUUAUUGAAUCGCUUGAGACCCAAGCGAAGUCUAAUCUGUUGACUGGUAAAAAUGCCGGUUGA